AUGCCGACACAUUUCAAGCUCAACACCGGCGCAGAAAUUCCCGCCAUCGGUUUUGGAACUUGGCAAGAUGAGCAGGCCCAGGAGGAUGCUGUGUUAGAGGCACUCAAAGCGGGCUAUCGACACAUCGACACCGCGAGGGUAUAUCUUACUGAAAAGGCCGUUGGCAAAGCCAUUAAGAAAAGUGGCAUCCCACGCCAUGAGCUGUUCGUCACAACCAAAUUGUGGAAUCACCAGCAUCAUCCGGAUGAUGUCCCGACAGCACUUCAGCAAUCGCUCGAUGAUCUCGAUAUGCAGUAUGUCGACUUGUAUCUGAUUCAUUGGCCUGUCGCGUGGAAACGGGGCACAGAUAUGUUCCCCAAGAAAGAUGGCAAGAUGCUUCUCGAGGACAUUGACUUUGUUGAUACCUAUAAAGCCAUGGAAAAGCUUCUAGAUACGGGCAAGGUCAAAGCGAUCGGCGUGUCCAACUUUUCCAAAGCUGAAAUGGAACACUUACUGGAGGAAGUCUCUGUCACCCCGGCUGUACAUCAAAUGGAGUGUCAUCCAUGGUUGCAGCAGCGCUCUUUCGUCGCCUGGCAUCGAUCGAAGUGCAUCCAUAUCACCCACUAUUCACCGCUUGGAAAUCAGAACCAGCUUUAUCAAUCCAAAGGUUCGGUAGGUAAGUUGAUUGAGGAGCCUGUUCUUGCCGACAUUGGCAAGCAGUAUGAUAAGAGUGCCCCUCAAGUAACUCUAGCAUGGGGAAUCACCCAGGGUCAUUCUGUGCUUCCCAAGUCAAAGACACCCGCACGGAUCCAGAGCAACUUCAAGGGCGAUUUCCGUUUGGGACCGCGAGACAUGGAGAAAAUUCAACAACUUGACAGAAAGCUUCGUUUCAACGAUAGCAGUGAAGACUUUGGAAAGGAAUUCUUCACCGACCUCGACGGCAAGUAG